ACAGGACCGUUGAAGAUGCUCACCCUGACCGAGUCGGUCUCUGCCCACCUUGGUGACACCGCCCUGCUCCACUGCGAGGUCACUGGCGAUCCAACGCCGACGAUCCGUUGGCAGAAGAACCAACAGGACCUCAUGUUCUUUGUGACCCCUAACCCCUUGACCGUCGAGGAGGAGGCCCGGAUGGCGGUGCUGCCAUCAGGUUCGCUGCAGGUCAGCGAGGUCCAGCCGCAGGACGCGGCCACGUACCGCUGCCUGGCCGAAAACGCCGGGGGCCUGGGGACCGCCCGGACCGGGCCGGAUGCAGAGCUCCGUGUGCUGCCAGAACCAGGUCAGACCAGAACCCUCAGGUUCCUCCAGAAGCCUGUCCGAGUGACGGCUCUGCUUGGAACCAACGCCGUUUUGGAAUGUUCUGCCUCCGGAUACCCGACGCCGUCUUUUCAUUGGCUGAGAGGAGAUGAGGUCAUUCAGAGCAGAUCAAAAAAGUACUCUCUGGUGGGUGGCAGCAACCUGUUGAUAAGCAGCGUUACCGUCGACGAUGCCGGAACUUACACGUGCACAGCGUCCAAUAAGAACCAGAAUAUUACCGCUUCCUGUGAGCUCACGGUUCUGGUUCCACCCACCUUUUUAAACUACCCCACCAACAGCUUGGCGUUCGAGUCGACAGACAUCGAGCUGGAGUGCUCUGUGACAGGGAACCCUCCGCCCACAGUGAGGUGGAUGAAGAACGGAGAGGAAGUGAUACCCAGUGAUUACUUCCAGGUCAUAGAUGGCAGCAAUUUGCAAAUCUUGGGAUUGGUGAAAUCUGAUGAAGGGUUUUAUCAGUGUGUUGCGGAAAACAUUGCGGGGACUGCCCAGGCUAUGGCUCAGCUAUUACUGAGAGAGCCAGCUACUACCUCAUCAGAGUACAGGGUAUCACACACUCCACGCCCACUUCCUGUUUCACCUCCUCCUCCACCUCUUCCUCCUGCUUGGUCAGUCCCACCCCGUUUGACUUACUCCACCUACUCUCCUCCUCCCCCCCCAGUGUCCCCCAGCCCGGGUUUGGCCCUUCCCUCUGCCCCCCGUGACCUUAGCCCCGCCCACGUCUCCUCCCGGUUCGUGCGACUACGUUGGCGGCCCCCACUGGAAAUAGGUGGUACUGUCCAGACCUACGGUGUGUAUUAUUCUCAGGAUGGUGUGGAGAGGGAGCGUUCUGUGAAUGUGUCUGAACCAGAGACUUUAGAGCUGACGGUUUCCAACCUGAAGCCAGAGGAGAGUUACUCCUUCAGGGUCGUCGCCUACAACGAGGUCGGACCCGGGGACAGUUCUGCUCCUCUCAGAGUCCAAACACAACCUGAUCUCCAGGUUCCUGGCCCUGUGGAGAGAUUCCAUGUGACCUCCAUUUCUCCCACCACCGUCCUGGUCAGCUGGGAUCCUCCAGCCCACAUGACUUCUGCACUGUUGGGCUACAGACUGUUGUGGAGCGAGAAUCCGUCUGGGAAGGAGCAGAGUGUGGAAAUAAACGGACAGUUCUACAAGAUGGAAGGAUUGAAUAAGUACACUGAGUACGCUGUUCGUGUGCUAGCACUUAAUCGCUACGGGCCCGGCGUCACCACGGAAACCAUCAGAGUCACCACCCAAUCAGACGUUCCGAGUGCCGCUCCACAGAAUGUGUCUUUGGAAGUAGUACUUUCCAGGAGCAUCAAGGUGUCAUGGCAACCUCCUCCCAGGAAUAGCCAGAAUGGUGUCAUCACAGCCUACAAGAUCAAAUACAGAAAGACUGGUCGCCGUGGUGACCAGGAAGCAAUUGAGCCCAACAACUUCUGGUACCUUUUCACAGGCUUAGAGAAGGGGAGUCAGUACAGUUUCCAGGUGGCUGCCAUGACGAUGAACGGCACAGGGCCACCUAGUGACUGGGUCACUGCGGAAACGCCCGAGAACGACCUGGACGAGAGCCAAGUACCCAAUCAGCCCAGCUCUCUGCAUGUCAGGCCCCUCCCCAACAGCAUCAUCAUGUCCUGGACGCCACCCCUCAACCCAAACAUCCUGUUACGGGGCUACAUCAUUGGCUAUGGAGUAGGAAGUCCGUACGCAGAGACCGUGCGUGUCGACAGCAAACAGAGAUACUAUUCUAUUGAGAAUCUGGAGCCAAGCUCACACUACGUGAUCUCUCUGAAAGCAUUCAACAACGCAGGAGAGGGUGUCCCUCUCUACGAGAGCGCCGUGACUCGAUCUCUCACAGACCCCGUAGACCCGCUGGAGGAUGAAUUCUUCCACCUGUUUGACAAAUACCCCACCCCCCCGCCAGACGCCGGACAAACUCCCAUGAUCCCACCUGUUGGCGUCCAAGCUGUGGCCCUCGGGCCUGAUGCCGUCCGUGUCUCUUGGGCUGACAACUCUGUCUCCAAGGGAACCAAGACAUCUGAUGUUCGUUUCUACUCAGUCAAGUGGAGGACCAGUUAUUCUUCCAGCGGGAAGUAUAAGUCUGCAGACACUACCACCUUAAGUCAUACUGUCACUGGACUGAAACCCAACACCAUGUAUGAGUUCGCUGUCAUGGUAACCAAAGGUCGCAAGUCAAGUACCUGGAGUAUGACAGCACAUGCUACUACAUAUGAAGCAGCUCCAAGCUCCGCCCCUAAAGACUUAACUGUGAUUGCUCGAGAGGGGAGACCUCGUGCCAUCCUGAUCAGCUGGCAGCCGCCCAUGGAAGCAAAUGGGCGAAUCACUGGAUAUAUUUUGUACUACACGCUGGACAAAAAUGCACCGAUAGAUGAUUGGACGAUGGAGAUUGUCAGUGGCGACAGACUGACUCAUCAGGUUCUGGAUUUGAACCUGGACACGGUGUACUACUUUAGGAUCCAGGCUAAGAACUCAAAAGGUCUUGGACCGCUCUCUGAGCCGGUCCCCUACAGAACUGCCAAAGUUGAACACCCAGACAAAAUGGCAAAUGAUCAAGGACGGGGUGGUGACCAGUCCUUCUGGCCGCCAGACAACAACUUGAUUGAUAGAAGUAACAUCAACGAGUCUCCGAUUGGCCAGAUGCGUCCUCCUCAUGGUAGUGCCACACCCCAGAAAAACAGCAACCUCCUGGUCAUAAUCGUUGUCUCUGUUGGAGCAGUUACCGUGGUGGUGGUCGUCAUAGUAGCACUCAUCUGCACCCGGAGAUCAUCAGCACAACAGAGGAAGAAGAGAGCAACUCACAGCACUAGUAAGAGAAAAGGAAGCCAGAAAGAGCUCCGCCCCCCAGACCUGUGGAUCCACCAUGAGGAGGUGGAGAUGAAGACCAUGGAGAAGGCUCCUAGCACCACCCCCUCAGGACGUGAUUCGCCCAUCCAGGCCUGUCAGGACCUCCCUCAGGUCGCGCACAGCCAGUCAGAGAGCCAGAUGGGUAGCAAGAGCAGUCACUCAGGAGCAGAUGGUGACGAGGUCUCCAGCAGCAUAUCCACUUUGGAGCGCUCCCUGGCUGCACGCAGGCCGACACGCAGCAAAAUGAUGAUCCCCAUGGACUCGCAACCGAGUAACACUCCGGUGGUGAGUGCCAUCCCAGUGGCAACACUAGACUCCUCCCAGUACCCGGGUAUCAUUCCCAGUCCUACCUGUGGUUACACCCAUAACCAGUUCACCCUGAGAGCCAUGCCCUUCCCCAGUCUGUCCGUCGACAGAGGAUACACACCAGUGACAUCUCUAACAUCAGAAACCUCCGCAAACCCCACCCCCACUCAACAAAACCCCCACCAAACCCUCCACCAAACCCAACUGCCCCCCACACAACCAGCACCCACACCCAUCCUCCCGGGCUCCUCUACACAGCCAACAGAGCUCGUGCCUGGGGUUGGGGCGGUGCCGGGGGUCCCUGGUUCAUCGUCAGUGGUGGAGGACCAGGUAGGGGCGUCUUUGUCAGGUGGGAGUCGUACCAUUCCCACUGCCUGUGUCCGCCCCACCCACCCUCUACGGAGCUUCGCAGGGCCCCUGCUGCCUCCACCAAUGGGCCCCUUGGAGCCCAAGGUCUACGUGCCUUUGAAUGACCCAAACAGCAGUGCGAGCCUCCCGAAACCCCAGGUGAAAACAGCCUCUCUGGGCCAAGCUGGUAAGGCGCGCUCCCCUCUCCUCCCAGUGUCCGUCCCCACAGCACCAGAGUUCCCAGAGGAAGUGGGAGGUCCAAAACCAGUAGACGAUCCAACAACGACAGCGGCUAACGUCUACGAACAGGAUGACCUUUCAGAACAGAUGGCGAGUCUGGAGGGCUUAAUGAAACAACUCAAUGCCAUCACCGGCUCCGCCUUCUAA